CAGUUUACGACCCGGAAGUCUUGCAGGUCUCCACGGUGCUGAAAAGGAAAGGUCAUCAGGCCAUCCAAAGAAUAUCUAACAUGAGAGUCCCUGUCGAAAUUUGCCGGGCUAUCUUCGAAGAGGUCGUUCUUGAUCGACCCAUCGGAAGCAGGGACGAGCUCACCCCCAACUUCACCCCCAACUCUACCCUAGCGGUCUUAGCUCGAGUCGACUCCUCCUUUCGCGAUUUAGCCCGAGAGGGACUUUACUCUCGCGUAUAUCUCGGGCCCAUUACCUUUAAAUGCGACUUCUCUGAGUCAUUGGCACUCUUCAGGGGGACAAUGGAAAAGAACAGCAAUCUCGCUGAGCUCGUCCUCGAAAUCCACACGGGAACCAUCAGCGGAUCUUCUAACGAAGCAAACCAUCUGGGCUGUAUCCUUCAAUGCACCCCAAACCUCCGGGUUUUUGAACUCCGCGGGUGGGCUCAAGAAGGCGUCCUUCCGAUUUUCCAGAGUUUGAAGGAGAGGCAUCACUUGCGGAGACUCAUCCUGUCUCCUCACCGUCUCCUCGCAGGAUACUCAUACCCCCUAUGCGACGCAGAAGACCUUUUCCUGCUUUUGAAGCACUUUACCAUGCUAGAAAGUGUCGUUGUUCAUCGGGGAACAUGUAUCAUCAGAGACAGCGGACGGCACGCCCUCUAUGAAACACCUUGGACGAGUCAGUCAUUCCGCGCACCCCAUGCUUCGCAGGCCCAGUUUGACCGCGAAUUUCAUCAGGCCAUAGUUAGCGCAUCUCCGAUAAUCACAUGGAGUUCUGGUCCUAUCGAAAAUGCAUGCCCUCAUCUACGGCACGCCUCGCUCGUGGACUGUAUGACGUCCGAAUCCGAGCUGCAGACAUUGUCGACGCUCGCCCCAAACCUCACUGAGAUCGCCGCUCAUCGUGUCCAUCGCCGUUUCCACGCGGACCAUCCGAGAAUUUGUAUCAUCCCAGCUCUUCGUGUUUGGUCGGAUCGCCUAGUCAAACUCGUUCUCCCCAUGAUCUAUGCUCGCUCGCAGGAGCAACGGAAUUCCGCUGAGACAUGGUCGAUGCUGUUCCCCCACGGCGACGAUGACGCUCUCGCAAAUAUAAUCGCUCAAAUGCCGGUACUUCGCAUUCUAGGAAUCGCAAGAGGGUCCAUGGCUCCAAGACACUUCCGUCGCGGGCCUAACAGUCUUGUGGCCCUCGGCUACUACCUCCCGCUCGAACGAUUAGCUGCCACGUCCCCGAGCGUCUUACCGGAAUUCGUCGCUGUUUUGGAAGAUGGAGAUACACUUCCGCAUCUUCGUCAUCUUUGCCUAACCCUCGAGAGCCCUCGUCGCGAUACGGACCUGAUAGAACCCAUCUUGAGUGCGCGUGGCGUCGAGUUCUACGGCACCGUUUUGGAAUGGGAGACAGCCUGCGACGAGCUGAGCGUUUCCAACUGACAGUAGUUCUCGUACUUUUUAGCGGCUUAUUGCCCCACAUAAGUAUGACCGAAACUCCUACGACGACCUUGCCCUCAUCUUUGUCUCUUAGCCCUUCCUCUUCAAUAU